AAAAAGGAAGGGACACACUAUCCUCCAAAAAAACAGUUAGAUUCCAAACUUUACUUCUAAAGGAUGAAAAGGGUAAUAGGAUGCGUGGUUCUUUAUUUGGCGAUCAAAUUGAAGCAUUUGAAGAAGCAUUACAGUACCUAGGUGAAUACGAAAUUUCUGCUGCACCUAUUAAAUUCAUUGACGAAAAAUGGAGAACUGAGCUUGAUCAGUUUCCGUACCAAAUGGCUUUUGGUAGUAGAACUGUGAUCCAGCCAGUUCAUCCAGAGCUCAGACCAAUUAUGCCUAACUAUCAACCCAUUGCAAGUAUACCUCGUACAGUUGAUCCUGAUGAGAAAUACGAUAUCGUGGGUGUGGUGUUAUAUGUUGAAGAAGAGCCAAGGAAAAUUGAAGCCAGAGAUGGAAAGCGAGAGAGCUUCGUACGAGAAGUAGUCGUUACUGAUGAAAGUUGCGAUCAACCGCUCACCAUCUCAUUGUGGAAUGAUCUAACAGCACCCAAAUUCUUCGACAAAUUACCUAAUUGGGCAGAAGCAUUCCAGGUUAUAGGUUUUAGAGCUCUUAAACCAUAUACUCGCCGUGGUUUUUCAAUGAAUUUUGGUAUGUCUACUCAAAUAAUCUAUAAACCUGAAGGGGAUCGAGCGCGUGAGCUGUCUAACUGGGCUAACCUCUUCCACCAGAAGAUAUUAGAUAGACAAACUAGAGUAUUAGAGGUUAAGUACCUAGGUGAAAACAAAAAAAUUGUUUCCAUUGCUGAACUGAGACGGAAAAAGCCAAGCAACACCAUACAGGAAGAACUUCUAUGGAUAGAGGUAACCAUUUAGAAUGCAGAAUUAGAAAAAGUGCACGCGUACACAGGCUGUUCAAACUGCUGGAAAAGAACCAACCUUCCAUUGCAGAAGCGUUAUUCUUGCACUUCUUGUUAUAAGAAAGAAUGCAUAUGCACUGAGAGGACAACCUUUAAGUUUGAGGCUAGCGAUGGCACAGGCACUAUGGCAUUCACCACUUUUAACGAUGACACAGAAAGACUGUUUAGGAGAAGUGCAGCUGAAAUUUAUGCCAUAAAAGAAGCGGAUGACCACAAUGCAUUCGAGGCUAUUCAAGACAUGCUUAGUAGCAAACCGUUCUACAUUAAAGUAGGACCUACAUCACAUUUAGGCCAGAACAAUGUUCUAGAAUGGACUCUCAAGGGUAUAGAACUUAAGGAAGAACCUGAGACACUAGAAGUUUUGCAACCAUUUGAAGGCACCUCCAACCAAGCAAAAGAUGCAAAUGAAAAGGAAAAACAGCAAUCUAUGGAACAAGGGAAUCUAGAACCAGUCA